AAGGAAAUUAUUAAACAAAACAAAAAGGUAAUUUCCUUUUUCCAUAGAAGGUUUAAGGAUUGAGAACCUAAAUGAGGUCAUGUCUCUCUAUAAACAAAAUAAAACGAAAGAGAACCUCUCUCACGAUUCCUCUAUUGUCUUCUUCAGUCGCUCUUCUUUCGUUUUCUCUCGAAUUCUCAGUUCUAUUUCUCUAAAAAAAAUAUAUCAAUGGAGACUAAAACAACAAGUGACCAACAGAAACUGAUUUCAUCAUUCAUCGAGAUGGAUGGUGGCCAAACAGAGGAAACCGCCAUAGAGUUCUUGGAGGCGUCAAACUGGAACGUUGAAGAAGCCAUGCACCUCUUUCGCAUCCAUAUAUAUAUUCAUGAGCAAUUAGAGAAUGAUUAUCCGAAACACAUCCCUCUAAUUCCAUUACCUCUGAUUAGGGAUGCUCUCUCCCCCGUCUAUCAAGCUCCGGUCGAUGUAUCUCCUAAAGAGGUCUGUUACUCGAAACCAGAACCGUCCGAUUCGACAUAUGUUGUUGGAUCAGAUUCGACGAGGUUGCCUCCUAGUAAACUUCUUUUCAAAGGUUCGUUUGAAGAGGCAAAAUCAACUUCUUCCAGGAAGGAUCUAUGGUUGCUAGUGAAUCUCCAAUCCACGACCAAAUUUGCUUCUCACACACUCAACCGAGAUUUAUGGUCAAACAGCGUUGUUUCUAAAGCCAUCGAGUCUAACUUCAUCUUGUUGCAAGUGUAUGAUGAUACCAUGGAAGGAAAGAAGAUCUGUACUUUUUACAAGAUCGAAUCUGCUCCUCCUGUGGUGCUCCUCAUCGACCCCAUCACUGGUCUGCAGAUGCGUUCGUGGAGCGGGGUGAUUGACGCACAUAGUUUUGUCGAGGAUUUGAUGAAAUACAUGGAUAGUGGGCCCCAUGAACAGAUUGCUUCUCUGACAAGCAACAAGCGCAUGAAAACAGAGAAGAUUUGUUUUGAAAGCAACAAGACUAGUGACGAUCACAUCGUGGCCCCUUCUAGGGGCGAAAAAUAUGAAGAAGUAAAGGAGGAGGAGACUUGUUUGGAGUUUCCAACAAUGAUAGAAGAGCCUAAAGGAGACUGCUAAUUAGCUCGAUCAUCAUAUUCUUUUUCUUACUUCGUAAAAUAAUAACGUAGCAAUUCUAUUUUGUGUAAGAUCAUAUAGAAUAUGAUUAAACAAAGAUUGCUAUAUGCCAUUUUAUUUUUAGAUGCUGCAAUUUUUUUGUCUAUAUACAGGUGUUUUUCUGGGUUUAUUUCAAUUGUGCUUUUGAGGGGGUUAUUGGUUUAUCCCAAUGAACUUUGGUUUAUGGU